ACUUGGCUUUUUAGGGUUUCACUCCCCCCCUCUCUCAUCAGUCCCUUACGCCCUCCUUUCCGUCAUUCACCUCUCUCUCUCUCUCCUCUCCUCUCUCUCUCUCCGUCAUUCACCUUUCUCUCUCCUCUCUCCUCUCCUCUCCUCUCCUCUUUCUCCGUCAUUCUGUUGGUUAUUGUUUUGGUGGUUUACUUAAGCAGCGAUUGCGUUCAUCGAUCUUGAGACGAGCAACUUUACCGGCUACUUCAUACAAGAGCUCCCAAGCGGCGUCGUUUUUGGGCGGAGGUGUAACCGGCGGUGACGGAACUCUUGCUCUUUAGAUCUAAGUCGUUGAACGAAUCGAUGCUAGAUAAACUGUAGAUUAAUGGCUGCUGAGGCUGCUGCUAAUGCUUCGGCGAAGAAGCUUAUAAGUGUUGAUAUCAGUUUAGGCACUGUUUGUCCAUGGUGCUUUGUAGGCAAAAGAAAUUUAGACAAAGCUAUUUCUGUAUCAAAAGAUCAGUUUGAUUUUGAGAUCAGGUGGCACCCUUUCUUCCUAAAUCCUUCUGCCACAAAAGAGGGUGUGAACAAGAGGGAUUUUUACAGACAGAAGUUUGGUGCGCGAUCUGAACAGAUAAUAGUGCGAAUGACAGAUGUAUUCAGAGGACUCGGUUUGGAAUACAACAUUGAUGGGCUUACGGGGAACACUUUGGAUAGUCACAGGCUUAUAUAUUAUGCUGGCCAGCAAGGGCUCAACAAGCAACAUGAUCUUGUUGAGGAACUAUUCUUGGGCUACUUCACGAGGGCAAAGUACAUAGGAGAUCGGUGGAGCAUAUAAUAUCUACACAAGGGAGCUUAAAACUCAACGUCUUAGAACACAAAUAUCGGGAUAAAACUUGUUUUUAUUACAAUUAUGAUUUGUUUUUGCUCUUUUAUUAGUCUUAGUGUUAAGAAACUUGUGACAUUAUAUGAGCAAGUUGAUGUAUUUUGCAGUGAUAAUGAAUAUAUUUUUGCUUAUAGUAUAUUAAAUGUGUAUUAUACUUGUGUAAUUAAAAAAUUAUUUGUGUAUUAUACUUGUGUAAUAAAAAAAUAA